GCUUUCUCAUAUAUCUGUUUCAAACCAAGAAAGCCUCUCAAUAUCCUUCUCUUCAUCCUCCUCCUCCCACCACCACCACAAAACGCCACUAGGAACCGUGGCGGUUUCUGGAUGGCAAGGAACGAAUGGAUAAACGGCUACUUGGAAGCCAUAUUGGAUGUAGGAGCAAAUUUUAAGAGCCAAAAAGGAGUUGAUACAAAGUUGAAGAUAGAAAAACUUCAAGAAAACGUUAAGCGUGAUAAACACUUCAAUCCGACAAAUUACUUUGUCGAAGAAGUUGUUAAUAGCGUCGAUGAAUCUGACCUCCACCAAACUUGGAUCAAGGUGAUUGCAACAAGGAACACUCAUGAAAGAAGCAAUAGGCUUGAGAAUAUGUGCUGGCGGAUUUGGCAUCUUACCCGUAAGAAGAAGAAGAUAGCAACAGAAGCUGCACAAAAACUAGCAAAGCGUCGUCUUGAAAGGGAGAAAGGUCGCCAUGAUGCUGCAGAAGAUCUUUCAGAGCUUUCAGAAGGCGAAAAGGAAAAAAGUGAAACUCAGACAGUUAACAAGAUUUCAAGAAUAAACUCCGAGAUGAUAAUGUGGUCAGACGAGAAUAAAUCUCGCCAACUUUACAUUGUUCUUGUCAGCAUUCAUGGGCUGGUGCGAGGCGAAAACAUGGAACUUGGGAGAGAUUCUGACACUGGUGGGCAGGUGAAAUAUGUGGUUGAACUUGCAAAAGCAUUGGCUGAUAUGGAAGGAGUCAUACGGGUUGAUCUGCUAACUAGACAAAUAGCAUGCCCAGAUGUCGACUAUGGUUAUGGUGAGCCCAUUGAGAUGCUCUCUUCCCCACCUGAAGGUUCCGGUAAUUGUGGGGCCUAUAUCGUUCGUAUCCCUUGUGGACCUCGUGACAAGUAUAUAUUCAAAGAGUCCUUAUGGCCUUACAUACCAGAAUUUGUUGAUGGGGCACUAAGCCACGUUGUGAACAUGGCAAGAGCUUUAGGAGAGCAGUUUGAUGGUGGGAAGCCGAUGUGGCCAUAUGUGAUUCAUGGUCACUAUGCAGACGCAGGUGAAGUUGCAGCCCGUUUGUCUGGCUCCCUAAAUGUGCCUAUGGUACUAACUGGGCACUCACUCGGGAGAAACAAGUUUGAGCAGCUAUUGAAACAAGGAAGGCUUACUAAAGAAGACAUCAAUUCAACUUACAAGAUAAUGAGAAGGAUUGAAGGUGAAGAGUUGGCAUUGGAUUGUGCUGAAAUGGUGGUCACUAGCACAAGGCAAGAAAUUGAAGAGCAAUGGGGUUUGUACGAUGGUUUUGAUGUUAAGCUCGAGAGGAAGCUUAGGGUUAGGAGACGAAGAGGAGUGAGCGGCUAUGGACGAAACAUGCCUAGGAUGGUGGUGAUACCUCCAGGCAUGGACUUCAGCUACGUCAAGGCAGAAGAUUCGACAGAAGGUGAUGGGGAUCUUUUAUCGAUAAUUGGCCGUGAUAGAGCUCAGAACAAAAGGGCGGUACCUUCCAUAUGGACUGAGAUAAUGAGGUUUUUCACAAAUCCACAUAAACCCAUGAUUUUAGCAUUGUCUAGACCGGAUCCUAAGAAAAACGUCACCACUUUGCUUAAAGCUUUUGGAGAAUGUAAACCCCUUCGAGAGCUAGCCAACUUGACGCUUAUACUUGGGAACAGAGAUGACAUAGAAGAUAUGUCGAGUAGCAGCUCAGUUGUUCUUACCACGGUUCUGAAGCUGAUUGACAGGUACGACUUGUAUGGACAGGUAGCAUAUCCAAAGCAUCAUAAGCAAGUCGAUGUGCCUGACAUAUAUCGUCUUGCUGCAAAGACCAAGGGGGUCUUCAUCAACCCAGCUCUAGUGGAACCAUUCGGCCUGACUAUCAUAGAGGCAUCCGCUUAUGGUUUGCCAGUCGUGGCAACAAAGAACGGUGGGCCAGUUGAUAUACUCAAGGCACUAAAUAACGGUCUUCUAGUUGACCCACAUGACCAAAAAGCCAUUGAAGAUGCUCUCUUGAAGCUUGUUUCUGACAAAUACCUAUGGGCUGACUGCCGUAAGCAUGGCCUAAAGAAUAUCCAUCGUUUCUCAUGGCCCGAACACUGCAAGAAUUACCUCUCCCAUCUUGAACAUUGCAGAAAUCGUCAUCCCACUACCCGUCAGAAGAUAAUACCUACUAAAGAAGAACCAAUGAGUGAUUCAUUAAGGGAUGUUGAUGACAUUUCAUUGAGGUUCUCUAUAGAUGGUGACUUUAAGCCCAAUGGAGACUUGGAUCCAGCAAGCAGGCAGAAAGAACUCAUAGAUACUUUCACCAGAAUGUCUGUCUCUAAUAGAAAAUCAAGCAUGAGCUACAGUCCUGGAAGACGUCAGGCACUAUACAUAAUAGCCACCGACGCUUAUGAUACCAAUGGAGACUUCACCGAGGUCUUGCCAAUUGUAGUAAAAAAUGUGAUGAAACUUGCAGAUGAAAAUUCUGGGCAGAUAGGUUUUAUACUGUCGACAGGAUUAAGUUUACAAGAAACGAAGGAAGUAUUGAAAAGAUGCCAAGUCAGCCUAGACAAAUUUGAUGCAUUGGUUUGCAGUAGUGGAAGUGAACUAUACUACCCGUGGAGAGAUGUUACCGCUGAUGAAGACUAUCAUAACCAUACAGAGUACCGAUGGCCACAAGAAAAUGUGAGAUCAACAAUAAUGAGGAUUGGUAGGCUAGAAAAUGAGGAUGAAGACAACAUGACAGAAGAAACGAAGACAUCAAGCUCCCGUUGUUACACAUACAUGAUCAAACCAGGAGCCAAGACGCGCAGGGUGGAUGAUCUGCGCCAGAGGCUGCGGAUGAGAGGUUUUCGUUGCAAUGCCGUCUUCACACAGGCUGCAAACAUGUUAAAUGUGAUUCCAUUAUUUGCAUCAAGGGCCCAAGCAUUAAGAUAUCUAUCAAUUAGCUGGGGAAUGGAUCUCACCAAAAUGAUUGUAUUUGUGGGAGAAAAAGGAGAUACAGACUACGAAGACCUCCUUGCUGGCCUCCACAAGGCUGUUAUUCUUAAGGGUUCGGUAGAAUAUGGCAGUGAGAAGCUUCUUCGCAGUGCAGAAAGUUUUAAAAAAGACGACAUGGUCCCUCCCGAAAACUCCAACAUAGUCAUUUCAAACGGGUAUGAAGUCCAUGAUAUCACUGCAGCUUUGGAGACUCUUGGGAUCAACUGAAACUUUUGUAACCGUCUGUUUCUACAUUACGUGCAGUCCGUUAUAAGGACAUGUUCAUAUCUCAUAGAUAAGAUAAAUAGCAUUUGAAAGUAUACAAACAAUGCAAUGUAUAAAAUUAUAUACAAUGUCCAUAAAAUCACUAGCCAUAUGAAAUUAAAGUUCCAA